AGCGGUCGCCGGGGAGCGGGGGCAGCAUGUUGGGGUGCGCGCUACUUAAGGUCCUGCUGCGUGAGCCAUUGACGUGUUUGGAGCUGGAGACGGCCUGGGUGGUGGCGAAGCGGCGGCCCGAGCCUCGGAAGCGAGAUCGCCUGCUCUCACCCUCUAAUUCCCUGCCUGUGCCUCGCUCCGAACCAGUAAGAAGACCGCUAAGAUGCCCUUGGCAACACCAAGGCUGAGAGAUCCGGACAUAAAUCCUUGCUUGUCGGAAUCGGAUGCCUCUGCCAGGUGCAUGGAUGAAAACAACUAUGUCAGGGAAAAGUGUUCCAGCUACUUCUUGAAGUACAAAAAUUGCCGAAGAUUUUGGAAUUCCAUCAUGAUCCAAAGAAGACAGAGUGGAGUGAAGCCACCUAUGCCGACAGCAGCAGAAAGAGCUGAAAUCUUGGGAGCAAUGGGAAAGCUACCAUAUUGAAUGUUUGCAUUAAAAUUGUUUGUGUAACUUGGAAGCAGGUGAAUAUUUUAAGCAGAUGAUUGCCGUGAUAUUGAAACUUUGCCAGGUUUACCCAGAGAGAUCUUAAGAUCAACCAGGGGUGACAUGUUUCGGGUGACCCCAUGUCAUUGACGUUUGCUCUCAUUGCCAACAGGCUGGCACGCCAUGGGCUUGCUGUGGCACUGAUCUUACGCUCCUAAGGUUUCAGGGGCGGGAGUGUUAGUACAGCUUACUUGAAGAGUUGAGUCUUUCCAGUAAGAUGUGAACAAGUAAGGAAGCUGCGAGGCCUGGAGAGGGGCAAUGUUUCCAAGGAAAGGAGAUGAGUGAUGUAACAACUUGACACGUGGAAGGUGUUGAGCUCUCUGUAGACUGUCCCAAGGGAGUGGAGGAGUGAGGAGCAGACCUGGAAAGGUAGGUGCCAGGUAGACGAGUGCUAGGACUUAAAUCCCAGACGUACUCCUCAGAUACCCUUACUUCGCUGAUUUAUCGUUGACUGGUUCCCUCACUAGAGAAGAAGCGAUUGUGGGUUAAAAGGUUAUCCUAAGCUAGUGACAUGAAGAUGUCCCUCAGGAAAUGGUUCUAGGAUUCUGAGACUAAAACCUAUAAACAUUGGAUAACCUGUAAUAUCAGCGCUUGAACCACAAUAAUGGGGG